GAAAAUUCUUCCGACACAGCAGCCGAACGUGAAGCCGCAGCGGUCGUCUCAGCUGCAGACCGCCGAAGACUUUCGGUUUGUACCGAGAGCUCCGCCCGCGCCAGCGGCACCCACAUCGUCAUCCGCGACGACGACACAGUCUGCUAAUUCUCGAAUGAUUGAUCAAUCCCAAGCAGCACCAUCAUCAUCUACGUCAUCGUCUCAUUUGAUGCACCAUCAUUCGAACAACUAUCCAUCAUACACAAAUCCUUCUGCUUCAAGUUCCAAUCACAGUAACAUGGGUCAUCCAAACGCGUCAACAGGUCAAACAUCUGCAGUACAAAGAAUGGAUCCGUUCAAUCAAAUCCCAUCAGAACUUUAUGGAUCAGCAUCGUCAACGUCAAUAGCUGCAUCAACACGACAACCAUCAUCACAAUCACAACCAUCACAACAGUUCAGACAAAUGCCAGCCGAUUUAGGAGCUUCAACGUCUACGAUGCAUUCUGUUGCACCGAUAGAUAUUUAUGAUAAUUAUGGAAACGCCAGUACAUCAGAUCUACGAAGAAGCAGUGUACGGGGUGAUCCUCGAAGGAAGGAGAUCUACGCCUACAAUGCUCCAUUCACAUUAUUCUCCCAUGGCUGGAGCGCAGCUACAGAUCCUUCAAGGAAGUUUCGGCUGGCGGUUUCAAGUUUUAUCGAAGAGUACUCGAACAAAAUUCAUAUAGUGCAGUUGGACGAAGAAGCCGGUGAACUUGUACAUCGGAGCACAUUUGAUCAUCCGUAUCCAGCCACGAAAAUCAUGUGGAUUCCCGAUCAAAAGGGAACGUUUCCGGAUCUUUUGGCUACUAGUGGAGACUAUUUGAGGCUGUGGAGGAUUGGUACCGACAACAAUGCGUGCAUUGAAUCUCUGCUGAACACAAAUCGAACUGCCGAGUAUUGUGCUCCGUUGACUAGUUUUGAUUGGAAUGAGCUCGACAUGAAUCUCAUAGGAACAAGUAGUAUUGAUACGACGUGUACUGUGUGGCAGCUUGAGACCGGUCAAGCAAUAGGAACCACUCGUCCAACGGCAGCUAUUGAUGGAACAGUUCGGACACAACUGAUUGCUCAUGACAAGGAAGUUUUUGAUAUUUCAUUCUCUAGAGGAUCGGCUCAAAUAUUUGCAUCCGUUGGAGCAGAUGGAUCAUUAAGGCUUUUUGAUCUACGAAGGCUUGAACAUUCGACGAUUAUGUACGAAGAUCCUCAGAGACAACCAUUGCUUCGGUUAGCAUGGAACAGAAAUGAUCACAAUUAUAUUGCAACAUUCGGGCAAGAUAGUAAAGAGGUGCUCAUUCUUGAUCUCCGUCUCCCAUGUACUCCAGUUGCUCGGCUACGGAAUCAUGAAGCAACAAUCAACGGACUAUCUUGGGCUCCACAUUCUGGAUCACACAUUUGUACUGCUGGAGAUGACUAUCAAGCAUUAAUCUGGGAUGUUCACGAGAUGCCCAAACCAAUUAAUGAUCCAAUUUUGGCGUAUCGAGCUCAGGCAGAGGUCAACCAGAUCCAUUGGUCAUCAUCAUUCCCUGAUUGGAUAUCAAUUUGUUCAGACAAUAAGCUUGAAAUCCUUCGAGUAUAACUUUCUUCAUUCAUCCCGCUCUCUCCAUCCAAAAUCUAAUCAUUUUUGUCGAUUCGUAGUGACCAAAUUCAGUUUUUAUCUCUCUUGUUUUAUUUUUCGCCCUGCGAGAAAAACUCCCCGAUAUCUCCAUUCAUAAUUCAUAUUUUUAAUUUCAGUAGUACCACCGAAGUGCCUUUUCGUUUCUCACUGAAAACUGCGUAUAUCUCUCAAACUGUCUGCAACAAAAAAAAUCCAUUUGUCAAUUUUUCUCAUUAAAAAACCAUCGCAAAAUCAAUUUGACUGUUAAAAUCCCGCAAAAUCUUUCGUUCUCCGUUCUUCUCUCAACCUUGGUACUGUUAGGGUCAUCCUAAUCAUUGCUCAAUUUGCUCAAUUAAAAAUUAAAAUUUUCUGCGCAAACAAACUCAAAAAUGGUAAUAAAAAUAGGUUCUAUGUAUGCAAUAUUCGCAUCUUAUUCUUUAAUAUAUUCAUUGUUUCUUUUUUCAAUGUCAUAAAUUAUAUAUUUCCUAGUCAUUUCCUUGUUCAUAAAACAUGAUGAUACACGCGAAAAUCACUUUCAUAUUUUUAUAAUUCAUCAUUUCAAAUACAAUAAAUAUAUUCAUGCAAGU